AUGGAGAUUGAGAAAACGGAAAAAGUUCUUGUGGAGGCACUAUUGGAGUUGUCAAAACGACAAUGCCCGGACCAACGUUUCUGGCUCUGGAGAAUUCUGAUGCCCCUCAUGACACUACCCUCACUACGGAACUAUUCGGCCCCAUUUGCAGCCCAAGUGCUAAAGGCUGACCCCCCUGCGCAAAUCAGCUACCCUGGAGAUUUUCAAGGGAAAAAGUCUUUGGGGUCAUUGCAACAACAUGGAAGCCCAGUUGUUCCAACUCCCGGACAGCUUUUUGAUGGACGUCAUGAUUAUUGCAAGGGCUCUAUUGCUCUGCAAAAACAACCAUCGCAGGGUAUUGAGAGCAUAUCGUUGAAAGUGAAAGGGGACUCCGCCUACGGGCUGUACAACUACCGGUGUACGCUGUGCUAUCUUGAUAUUGAGGAUAAUGUUUUGGAGCCAUGGAGCUCGGCCCAAUGGAUAUGCCUUGGAAUGUCGCACGUCAUGGCUACCAUCUCCACGUCUAGGAUGGUGGCUUGCUUCAAGUGCGUGGAGUGCAACUAUCGCAGCAAGUCUGUGGUUUAUACAUCUGCCACGCUUAUGAUGUCGCAUAUUCAAGACCAUAUCUUAGCGAAGCCAGUCAGUGGGGUAAAGGCUUACUACAAAGAGCUUCUUCAAUCAAAAAUCGUGGAGGUUGAAAGUUUUGAGAUCCAGAUGAAAAGGUUGCAGGAUCAAAUCGAUCGAGUCGAAAAAAAGCUCGAAGAGGCGGCCAAAGAAAUUGCAUCUCGAAUUCCGAAUUCCAUUUCAUCUGCCGAUAAUUUCAUGUCCAUGCACUCCGAGAGUAGGUCAGUGUCACCUGUGAGCUCAAAUGGUGAGCAAAAGCCUCUUGGCAGACCCAAAACUCGACAAUCUGAAGCCAAGAUCAGCGGAGGAACAACGCCUACUGGAUUCGGUUACAUGCAAACGGAUUCUUAUCACUCUCAGCCACCGCCGCAAACACAGCACGACGUUUCUGAACUGGCGACUGGCUUCCAAAAUCAGUAUUGGCCCAACCAACAGAUCAGUCAUCAGGAAAGGCCACCUGCUUUGGCGCCAAUAUUCGAUAAAAGAGUCAAUUCUCAAGGCUCCCACAGCUUGGGGAGAUCUUCCCAACAAUCCCCUCCACCUGUCGAGUUAUAUGCAGAUACCAAACAAGCACCCAGAAACUCGAAAGAGCUUCCACCAGCGCCUCGUGACCCUCCUCCUGAACUACCGGGUUCAUUGGCGAGGUCAGAAUAUCCAAGCGGCUUUGUACCAGGACAGCCAAUGGCUCAGGCGGGGCGACCGAAUUCACUCUCUCGGAAGCAGAUAGGAAGUGGAGGAGGACCUCCUCCAUAUUCACAUAGAGCAUAA